AUGAGCUGUGGCACUAAAUCUUCAUCUAGCAUCAUUAAGAUUAGUGGUGGUGGUGGUGGUGGUGGUGGUGGAGGAUGCAGCAGCGGAGGUGGUGGAGGGGGCAGCAGCUGCGGGAUACGCAAGUCUGGUGGAUACUCCUCAGUCUCCACUAGAAGAUACACCUCUUCUGGAGGAAGCGGAGGCUUUUCUGGGAGAAGCUUUGGUGGAGGAGGCUCCAGGAGCAGCUAUGGAGGGGGAUUUAGCAGCGGCAGUUGCGGAAGGAUUGGCCGCAGUAGCUAUGGUGGGAGAAUGAGCAGCGGCAGCUACGGAGGAGGAAUGGGUGGAAGUAUGGGAGGAGGAUUUGGAUCAUGUGGAGGUGGUUUUGGGGGAAUGGGAGGUGGUUAUGGAGGUAGCAUGAGCGGAGGCAGUUUCGGUGGUUGUGGAUAUAGCGGAGGUGGAUUUAGUGGCUUUGGGGGCAGCGGUGGCUUUGGUGGUGGCAGCGGUGGCUUUGGUGGUGGCAGCUUUGGUGGUGGCAGCUAUGGUGGAGGUAGUUUCGGUGGAAUGGGCUUCGGUGAAGAUUCCGGGCUGCUCUCCACGAACGAGAAGCUGACCAUGCAGAACCUUAAUGACCGCCUGGCUUCUUACAUGGAUAAAGUUCGAGGCUUGGAGGAAGAAAAUGCUCACCUUGAACGUCUGAUCAGGGAGUGGUAUCAAAAGCAAGGUCCCACUGGUACCAGGGACUACAGCCAAUAUUACAGAACAAUUGAAGAACUGCAAAACCAGAUUGUUGGUGCAAAUGUGGACCUCAACAAGAUCCUUCUUGACAUUGACAACACCAGGAUGACUGUGGAUGACUUCAGACUGAAGUAUGAAACUGAAUACACUCUCCACCAGAGUGUGGCAAGCGACAUUAAUGGAUUACGUCCACUUCUGGAUCAACUGACUCUAGCCAGGUCUGACUUGGAGACACAGUUUGAAUCCCUUAAAGAAGAACUGAUCUAUCUGAAGAAGAACCACGAAGAGGAAAUGAAAGGACUGCAAACACAAUCUGGUGGUGAUGUCAACGUGGAGGUCAAUGCCACUCCUGGUAUUAAUCUGAUGGAAAAAUUGAAUGAAAUGCGUUGUGAAUAUGAACGGCUUAUUGAGAACAACCGGAAAGAGGUGGAAAGCUGGUAUGAAACCAAGAUGGAAGAAGUUAACCAACAAGUUCACUCAAGCGGCCAGGAGAUACAAUCAAGCAACCAACAGAUCUCUGAGCUUAGACGUGAAUAUCAGAGCCUGGAAAUCGAGCUGCAGUCGCAAAUCAGCAUGAUAGACUCUUUGCAAUCCAACCUGGAAGACACGGAACGUCGCUACAACAUGCAGCUGCAGCAGAUCCAGAGCAUGAUCGGCCCCUUGGAGGAGGAGCUGGCCAGCAUCCGCUGCGAGAUGGAGAGCCAGAACGAAGAGUACAAGAUGCUGCUGGGCAUCAAGACCCGCCUGGAACAGGAGAUCGCUCAGUACCGCGCACUGCUCGAGGAAGGACAGCAAGACCUUGUAGUCCCAGCAGGAGGAAUGGGAGGUGGAAUGGGAGGAGGAAUGGGAGGAGGAAUGGGAGGUGGCAGAAUAGGAGGUGGUAGCUAUUCUGGAGGAGGAAGAGGUGGUAGCAUAAGCGGUGGCUAUGGAGGUGUUAGCUCUUCUUGUAGCAGUGGAAUGGGAGGAGGAAUGGGAGGAGGAAUAGGAAGCGGAGGAAUGGGAAGUGGAGGAAUCAGUGGAGGAAUAGGAGGAGGAAGCGGAGGAAGCUGCGGCGGUGUUAUUGGAGGAGGAAGCGGAGGAGGAAGGAUCUCAGGUGGUGUCAGCAGCUCCCACUCCUACUCUUCAUCUUCCCAGUCUCAGGCCUGCAGGGGCAGUGGUGAAAGCCAAGGUUAUGCAAGAAAAUCUUUUGACUAAGGACACACCCUGAGGAUCCUACAGCGCAAGAUGUUUCAAACAGAAAUUGGCCCAAAUCCUCUGCAUUCCCCGCGCUCCUGAGGAAAGAGAGAUGCUCCUCAUGGUUCCUCAGUGCUGCUGAUG